AUGAGUCCAUUUGAAUUGAUGUUAGGAAGAAGUGCACGCCUUCCUGUCGACGUUCAGACUGGAGCACCUCUUCCUGAACCAGAAGCAACAACGGAGUUCGGACAACGAUUGAAGGAGGACAGAGCUCUGGCCAAGGAAUUCGUAGAGACGCACAUCGUGUCAGCACAACGUCGUCAGAAGGAGAACUACGACCAGAAGACAUCUCCGCAUCAUCAUUACACGGCAGGUGAUCUAGUUUGGUUGUUUACUCCAGUUGUAAAUAUAGGAAUGUCCAGCAAACUAGCCAAACCUUGGAAGGAUCCGUUCCGCGUAUUGGCAGUGUACGACAAUGGCACCAUGGACGUCAUUCCUGCGGAAGGUAGAAGACGACGACGGAGGCGAGUACACUAUAACCGAGUGAAGCCAUGUUACAGACAUCCGGUACACGACAGCUGUCAGGAAGAUCGAGAACAACAAGUGUUGAAACCAACUGAAGAGAACGAGCAACAAGCAGAGAAGGCCAGUCCGAAUAUUCUACCGGCAGCAGUUCAGUACUUUGAGGAGGUAGUCGCGGAAGGCCAAGUCCCGGAUGUACUAGACCAACCAUUGGUCGUGGACUUACCGCUUCGAAGACCUGCUAGAGAACAUAAUCGACCAAGAUGGCUACAAGACUACGUAGUUAGUGACACAAAGUAG